ACAAUCUAAAUUCAAUUUCUGAUAACGAAGUGUAAAUAAAACAUAUGCAAACUGAAAAAUUCUUAUCGGAUAGUAAAAUGAUUUGCCGACUGUGUUUAAUUGAGUCAAAUGAAAUAUUAAAAAUUUAUAACGAAACCGGAGAAAUGAUAGAUAAUGACAUAUUGAAAGUAGUGGCUAAACAUUUCCAAAUUGAGAUUCGAUACGAUGAUGCAGUAUCUAAUAUAAUAUGUUUCGUAUGUUGGGAUUAUCUAUCGAAGUUCCAUAAAUAUUGGUUGAGUAUUGAAGAAAAGCAGAUAACAUUGAAUAACCAAUUGCAUUUUACGGAAAUAAAACGUGAUACCGAAGAUGUAGAGACAGAAGGUAUCGCUUAUGAAGAAAAUAAUUCAACUAAUGAAAAAAUAGAGACUGGUUUGUGUGAACCUGAAAUAGUUAUGUUUAUUGAAAAUACAGACACAUUUGGAGUUGAAACCGAAUUUGUUGCUGCAAAAACUGAAGAAGAAAUUGAGGCGACUGUUGAUUGUGAUGUUUUUGGCCCAAAAUCAGAUUCCCUUGAUAUUCUUUCAAGAGAAAAUGAAAUUGAAAUUGAGGAUAUUGCAUCCAAUAGUCAACAGAAGCGCAAAUAUACCAAAAGGAACAAAACGAUUUCAAAAGCGAGUUCAAGUGCCACCAAAGAAAUAAAAGUCGAAAGUUCCCAAAACAAAGCUAUCCGGGAAGCUGAUAAGUUUAUAGCAGAAAACACACAGUUGAACUGUUGUAUUUGUACGGAACAGCUGAAAGAUUUUAAGGAACUUAAAACUCAUUUUCGACAAAAACACCAAUGCGCCGGAUAUAUGAUUUGUUGUAAUCUCCGUUUUAAUAAACGUUCUUUAUAUGCGGAUCAUAUUCAGCUGCAUAAGAAUCCAGACUUCUUCAAAUGCUGCAUUUGCAAUAAACAACUAAUAAGCCGCAAAAAUUACGCACAUCAUAUGCACUCAUUACACCCGGCUGAAGAAAAUCUGCAAUUUGCUUGUAAACUUUGUCCAAAAAAGUUUUCUAAGAAAUACAUACUAGAUACCCACAUAAAAACGCGACACAUGCCCAAGGACCAUAUUUGUAAUAUCUGUGAUAAGGCAUUUUCACGUAUCUGGAUUUUGGAACAACACGAAAAAGCUGUUCAUCGCAACGAAUUUGAAUCAGUUUGUGAGAUAUGUGGAAAGCGUUUGAGGAAUGCCGCAAACUUACAAUAUCAUAUGGAUAACAUACACAAUACCGAACCACGUCCGGAAGUUGAAUGUACGCUUUGUCAUAAAUGGCUAAAAAGUAAUCGCAGUUUGCGAAAGCAUAUGAUUUCACAUCGUGCUAAAGCAUCUGGUGCAGUUAUCAAAAAUCGAGACAUUCGGUUGCAUCACAUACCCGGCGAACCAACUGCAGCGUCAAAGUAAAAAAGCGGGUAACUUUUGAUCAAUUGAAAGUUUUCAUGUUUUUCUUUUAGCUUAUGGUUUUUCAAUAAAUAAGAAGUAAUUUCAACCUAUUGAAAAA